AUGGGGACCCUCAGCUGCGACCCCACUCCGCGGCAGACGCCAGCACCCCCGGGUCGGCGGUGCACAGAGUGCCAGAUCCCAGAGACCGGCCUGAGGAAGACCUGCAGGAUGGCCACCUUGGAGAACGCUCCCCACCAUGUUUCAGGGGACCUAGGCCCAGGCCGUGAUCUGGGGGCUUUGGUCACAGGGUCCGGGCCAGGCUUGUACGCCCUGCCAUCCACUGUCGGCUACAUCAACCACGACUGCACCAGGGUGGCCAGUCCUGCCUACUCCCUCCUCCGGAGGCCCAGCGAGGCAUCUCCACAGGACUCCAGCCCUGGGCCAGUGUACUUCCUGGACCCAAAAGUCACCCGGUUUGGCCGAAUCUGCGCUCCUGCCUACUCCAUGCAGGGGAGGGGCAAAUCUCGGGGUCUGGAGGUGACACCCGGUCCUGGGGCCUACAGCCCGGAGAAGGUGGCCCCCAUGCGCCAGAGGACCCCCCCGGCUUUCACCCUGGGCUCCCGCCUGCGUCCACCGCCCCUGGACACCUCAGCCCCCGCCCCCAACGCCUACACUCUGCCAUCUCUCUGGGGCGCCCAGAUCUUCAUCAAGCCCAGUAGCCCCAGCUACACAGUGGUGGGCCGCACACCCCCUGCCCGCCCCCCACAGGACCCCACUGAGAUACCAGGCCCAGGCCAGUAUGAGAGCUCAGACCCCAAUGCCUACCGCCAGCGCCCGCCUGCCUUCACCAUGCUGGGGCGGCCCCGGGCCCCAAGUCCCCUGGAUGAGACUCCUGGCCCUGGCACCCACAGCCCUGAGCGGGUCACUGUGACCAAAGCCAGAGCCCCGGCAUUCACCAUGGGCAUCCGGCACUCCAAACGGGCCACCACCAUGACCCCGGACACACCAGCACCCUUCCGCCUUUGGGGGACAGAAUGCAGGCCAGCACCUGGGCUAAGCCUCAGAUUUCCUACACCCUGAAGUGGGGUGUGGGCAGGCCCCGCCUGGGCCUGGCUUUGGCUGGGGUGGGAUGGCUCAGAGAAGUGGGGGGAGGGGGAGGAACCUCCUUCCUUCACUUUUCUGAACUGUCUGAGGUCCUUCUAGGCCACCUGCGUCCUCCAGUCCCUGGGGCCUGUGACCCCAUGGCCCUGUGCAGGGUGAGCCUCCUUCCAGCGCCCCAGUUUCUUCUCUCCUGGUCAUGCCAGGCCAAGCAAGGCCAGGCAGAGAAAGAGACACCCCUGGCUCUCCCCAGUGGCUAGCUGGAGACGGAGCUUCCUGUGUCCUAGAACUUGGUGUCCACACUGCUAGGACCUGGGUCCCCAACACAGCUCAGGUUUCUGCCAAACUUGGGAUCUAAACUGUUACUCAUGGAAGACAGCUUCCUGCCCUGAUCCCAGCCCAAAAUCAGGCUGGAAGUAGUCCUGAUGCCCUCCCCUCCCCACCCCACCCUCUAGCUGUUUGCCAAUAAAUCUCUGUGGCAUCAAGAGCUGUCAGCAGCGCACACGCACGCACACACAUUCAUUUAACCCAGGGUCUAGUUACAUCACAGAAGAUCUGAAACACUGCUCUCAACAUCCAGAUCCCCAGCUCUGCAACACCUUGGAGUCUGGAUGGGACCAGAGGAGGGAUCCAGAGCUGGGGGAAGCCCAGAGGUAGAGGCAGAGCUUGGAGUGGGGGGAGCCAGGUAGGCUUUUUGGAAGAGGGGACAUUGAAGCUGGGUUUUGAAGGAUGCAUAGGAGUUUGAUAUAUUCUACAAUG